UAUAGAAAUAAAAGUAAAGUAAAGUAGACAAUAAAAUUCUAAAUAAAAAACAAUAAUUAACCCUUUUUAUUUAAAGUUUGUUUAUAUUUACAAGCUAACUUUAAAUAUUCAGUCGGUAGUAUUUUGAUAAAAAUAAACAGUUAAUAAUAACUACAUAAUAAAGCCAACAUAUUAGGAAAUGGUCAUGGAUGCUACACAUUCGGCAGCACACUCAGCACGAUCUGUUGGUCGUGAAUUUGUUCGGCAAUAUUAUACAUUGUUGAACCAAGCACCUGCUCAUUUACACAGAUUUUACAAUCACAAUUCAGCUUUUAUACACGGUGGUUUGGACAACACAGACCGCGAUGUUAUUCCUGCGGUUGGGCAGAAAGAAAUUCAUCAGAAAAUUCAGGAAUUGAAUUUCCGUGAUUGUCAUACUAGAAUCAGUCAAGUUGACUCUCAAGCUACCUUGGAAGAUGGAGUUGUUAUUCAGGUGACUGGUGAAUUUUCAAAUGCCGGCGAGCCAAUGCGUCGUUUCACCCAAACAUUCGUAUUAGCCGCACGUGCUCCAAAAACCUACUACGUGUUGAACGACAUUUUCCGCUACCAAGACCUUGGUUUCCCGGACGAAGAAGUAGAGUUGGAAACAGAGCCAUCUAAUGACAUCCCGGAGCGUCUCGAGACUGAGGAAGGUCGCUCUGAGGUUGACGAGGAUGAUCAGGGACAAGGACAGGCGCCAGUCCAAGUGGAGCAUCAUAUUGCUCAACAAGCAGUUCAACAACCUCUUCCUCCCCAAGCUCAGCCGGCGAUUCCGCCCCAGCAGAUGUAUUAUCCUCCGACCAGCAACCAGAUGAUCGUCGUAAACGGAACAAUCCAUGACCCGGAGGCCAUGAUGAACCAACAGCCUCCAAUGAUGCCCAUUCCUCAGCAACCGGCAGCUCUAUUUGUAGAACCCGCUGCGGAGUUCACUCAGGAAGAAGCUCCUGUUGAGCAGCAGCCAGAAACCCAGAGUGAGGAGACUCGUGUUGAGGAACCUCAGGAACAACCCACGGAGAACUUCAACCAGCAGCCGGUUAAUGAGGCCGAUAAUGAGCAGACCGCUUCCUUGGGAGUCAACAACAAACCCAAGUCUUAUGCUAGGACUGUCAGGUCCAAUGCUAUUGGUGGAAGCUGCAACAUCAUCCCCAAGACCAUGUCACCGCCUCCAGUCUCUAACGCGAGAAACGAGGAACGUUCAUCAAUUGACGUGUGGAACUCGAACAACACCAACAUGUCGUCGAAUGUAAUGUCCUCUGGACCAGGACCGCAGCACCAGCACAACAGAAUGCAGAACUCCCAACAACAGCCCCAGCCACAGCGACCUCGAGUAGGUCCACCACAGAAAGACAACCGUGGAGGUGAAAGACGUCGCGACUGGCCUGAUCACCACCAGCUUUUUGUAGGAAACGUUCCACACUCCGCGACUGAAAAUGAGCUGCGUAUCAUUUUCGAACGGUUUGGCAAAGUCGCUGAUCUCAGAAUAUUCUCGAAGGGCAAUGAGCGUAGCAAGGGACCUCAAGGCUCCAACAAUUCUAUGCGUGGUGUUCCUCAUUAUGGCUUUGUUACAUUUGAAGACUCCAAUGUUGUUUCUAAAGUACUCGCCGCUUGUCCAAUUUGUUAUCCGGAUGAAAAUGGACAGAAAUUAAAUAUUGAAGAGAAAAAAAAUAAACCGAGAAUACCUGGUGACAAUAUGAGAAAUCAGGAUAAUAUGAGAUCAUCAAUGGGUCCUCAGCAACGUGGUCCAGGUGGCCCAGGAGUCAUGCGAGGUGGCCAGCACCCACGAGGAGGUCGCGGUGGAUUUUCCCGUGACGGCCGUGGUGGAAUGAGACAACCAGGAAUGGGAAACACCGGUGGCUACCAAAACCGCCGUUAAAACCCAGCGUUUACUAAAAUACUACCUCCGAGAAAAAGAAAAAAUAAUUAACAAUUAACAAUUUAUAUAUUAAAAUAAUAAUAAUAAAUAUUAAUUAAUAAAUUCUUUUUUCUUUUUCCAUCUUUCAAUAAUAAUAAAACUAAAAAAAAGAAUAAAUGCGUCAAUACCGUUAUGAAUAAACAACAAAUUAACUAAUAAUUAUUAUUAAUAAUAAUAAGACGUAUUUUACGUCUUACUACCUUCCAAUAAAAUUUUAUAAAUUAA